AUUUAUUCAUAAUUAAAAACGCUUUCUUUCUCAAGAGCUCUCUCUCUCUCUCUCUCUCUCUCUGUGUGUGUGGGAGUUUAUUAGAUGGAGUUUGAAGAGGGAUUGAGGAAAUACUAAGAGAGAGAGAGAGAGAGAGGGAAUGGAAGAAGUUCUUUUGGUCAUUUGGGGAUUCUAUUGUUGGGGUUGGGAGUUCUUGACUGCGCUUCUUCUCUUCUCGCGCUAAAUUUUUUUUUCUUUUUCUUUUUCUUUUUUUAAUCUUGAAAUCUUUGUUUCAAGGUAAUAAAAUUUGUUACUAGGGAUGGGAAGGAAUGGGAGGAGAGGAGGAGGAAUGGGAGGGCCUCCACCGUUCUUGAUUAAAACAUAUGAGAUGGUUGAGGAUGCAGAAACUGAUGAGGUUAUAUCAUGGGCAGAGAUGGGCAAGUCUUUUGUUGUUUGGAAACCUGUUGAGUUUGCAAGAGAUAUCCUUCCUGCUCAUUUCAAGCAUAAUAAUUUCUCUAGCUUUGUUCGCCAACUCAACACCUAUGGUUUUCGCAAAAUUGUUCCAGACAGAUGGGAAUUUGCUAACGAUUACUUCCGGCGUGGUGAGCAAAACCUUCUUUCAGAGAUUCGGCGAAGGAAAUCUAUACAAGCUCAAUCCGCUACAAAAGGCAAUCCCCUUCCACCCUCGGCAUCAAACUCUGUUGAAGCUCCUAGUAUCUCUACUGCCUCGUCCCCUCCACCGGCAGCAACGUCACAAAAUCCACAACAUUUCCUUGACCUGUCGAAUGAGAACAAGAAGCUCAAAGAGGACAACCAACUACUCUCUUCGGAGCUUGCACAAGCAAAACUGAAAUGUGAGGAGCUCUUGGCAUCUCUUUCCGCUUAUGCUGAUGCUCGAGAACUCGACACUAGGCCUUUGGUUCAAGAAGCAGCCAGACAAGGUGUUAGAAUAGCAAGUUCUGUAAGGGAAGUGACACAAUGGGAGGUAGAUGCUGAAAUGGGAGGUGAGAAGGAGGAAUGUCUCAAGCUCUUUGGAGUAUUGUUUAAGGUUUUCGAAGGAAGGAAAAAGAGGGGACGCUGCGAAGAAGGGAGUAGCAGCCCAGGCCAACCAAUGAAGAUGCGUCUUGGAGCUCCAUGGAUGGGAAUCUCUCCUCCAGUUCAAGGCAGCAACAGUGUCUGCAACUAAGGUUGUGCAUGCUGAUUUUUGCACUCUUGUUAUAUAUGCUUGGAAAGAUGUAUGAUCAAAAUUGUAGUUUAUAGUUUGCAGUGAACAGUGGAUGAAGCUCAAAUGGAGAGCCUUCCACAUUUCACUUUUGGUCUCAAAGCAAAAGGAUAUGGUGAAGUGUAAGUAUCAAAUUAAGUUGGUGUUGAAUUGCUCUUUUGUCUAGUACAUUGAUGUGUGUUUCUUUUAUAUUCCGUGAUACAAUACGUCCAACUUUACUUUUAAAUUAAGUUAUUUGGGAAUUUAAGAGGGGUGCUGAACAAUU